AUGAAUGCCUUAGAUAAGUUCAAACAAGUUAGCAAACAAGACCUUCAUCGCUUUUUAGCUAGCGACCACCGCGACUUCAAUGUUUUAAGCAUCUCUUUCAAACAAAUAUUAAGCACUCAACGCACGAGCGUAAUAUUAUCUAAAAAUAGUGCUAAAAGUUUUUAUUUAAAAGACAAAAAUCGCGAACAACCAAAACUUCCACCAACCGAACCCCAAAAACUCCCUAGCGAUUGCCGUAAAGAUGCCCAAAACUGCUCCUAUUUUGCCUUAUUUUCCAGCAAAGAAAAACGCUUACACACCCUUUUUAAAGACAAAAUAGAAGCUAACUUUGAAGGAACCGCGGAAACCCGUCCACUUUUGUUCUUAACUCUAACUUUUAACACUACUCGCCAAGACUUAGCGGCUUUUACUACUAACUGA